AUGCUGAAGAUUCGUACUGAAUUAAAAGAUAUCAUUAUAGACUCAAUCCAUGACUCACGUAAAGUUGAAAGAACUAGGCCUAGAGAAGUCAAUAUUGAUGAAUAUUAUGCUUCAACUUCAGCUGAUCAGCAUACCCAUGGUCAUGGAGUCAAACGUAAACACAUUACUGACCCAGUUAACAGUGUUAUACAUGAUCUAUCUUCCUCUGAUGACGACAUCCAAUUCACCCAAAACAGGUACAAAAUACCAAAGUUAUCACAUCUGUACAAAGAAGAUGGAUCAGUCAAUAGUGAUAAUGUGAUAUGUCAAAUUGAUGAACUCUUACAGGACAAACAGACAUCUGAUAAAGAUUCAGACUUUGAAGAAAGUUUAGAACAGGAAUACAAUUUAAAAGAGAAAGUUGGGACAGAGAUUAACCCAAAAGUGGCCAGUAUUGUGACUAAUUUAUUCAUUAAUAAUAAGUCUAAAGAGAAUAUUACAGAUAUUUUUGACAAGUAUCUUAGACCUGGCAACCUUGAUAUACAAUUACCAGAUGUGAAUGGUGAAAUAUGGGCUUUUAUGAAGUCUGGAACCUGCACUAAAGAUGUUAAAUUCCAGAAACUUGGUAAUAAAAUUGUCAAGUGUACAUAUGCUGUUACAAAUUUGACUGAUCAGUUGAUACAAAUCAAAAAGAAAUUUCCAGAUGUUAACAAGGAAAUGACUGAAACUGUAAAAAAGGCUAUGGAUUCUUUGACCCUAUUAGGCAGUGUUUUUAAAGACAUAAAUCAAAAGAGACGAGAUACGAUUAAAAUUGAUUUAAAUCAAAGAAUGAAACCAUUAGCUUAUCCAUCAAAUAAUGUGAACAAUGGUACUUCUAAGAAUUUAUUUGGUGAUGACUUAGGAAGAAAACUGAGAGAUUUAAAAGACACCAACCAAGCCCUUAGUGCUCCAUCAUAUAGUACCACAGCAAAUAGUUUUGGAUACAACAAACCAAACCAAUCAAGAUAUGGAAAUAACAAUUACCAUAACAGAUCUAACUACAAUGAUAAUAGAAGCCAAAAGUCUUUUUUAGAUUACCGCAGAAGACCUCAGAAUCAGAGGGGGAAGGGGAAGUUUACCCAAACAUCCCAGAAAAAGAAAUAG